AUGUCACGUCAACCAAAACCUCCCAUGUCUUCACGUCCCGGUAAAGUUGGUGAAAAUGAGUUAGGCUCAAAAUCUCAAAAUCUCAAGGGUGGAGAGAAUGAUCCACUUAAGAUGCACAAAGUAGUCGCAAAUGAUGGGAAAACCGGAGAUGAUUUUGAAUUAGCCUACACAGUCACCAAAGUCAUCGGCAAUGGAUCCUUUGGUAUAGUAUUUCAGGCAAAAUUAAUUAACACGGGUGAUGAUGCGGCAAUCAAGAAAGUGCUUCAAGAUAAGCGCUUUAAGAACCGUGAACUUCAAAUAAUGAGAUUAGUAUCACACCCAAAUAUAGUGGAGUUAAAAGCAUUUUUCUAUUCCAACGGGGAAAAGAAAGAAGAAGUAUACCUGAACCUUGUGCUCGAAUACGUCCCCGAAACCGUUUAUAGAGCCUCACGGGUUUACGCCAAAAGCAAACAAACAAUGCCGAUGCUUUAUAUAAAACUUUAUAUGUACCAACUUUUCAGGUCGCUUGCCUAUAUCCAUUCUCUCGGAAUCUGUCAUCGUGAUAUUAAACCACAGAAUUUGUUACUGAAUCCGUCCACAGGAGUAUUAAAAUUGUGUGACUUCGGCAGUGCAAAAAUUCUGGUGGAAGGGGAACCUAAUGUUUCAUACAUCUGUUCGAGGUACUACAGGGCGCCGGAGUUGAUCUUCGGCGCAAUAAAUUACACAACAAACAUCGAUGUAUGGUCGACGGGUUGUGUUAUGGCCGAGUUAAUGCUUGGGCAACCCUUAUUCCCUGGCGAGAGUGGCAUUGACCAAUUGGUAGAAAUCAUCAAGGUUCUGGGAACACCCACAAGAGAACAAAUCAAGACCAUGAACCCUAAUUACAUGGAACAUAAAUUUCCCCAAAUCAAACCGCAUCCAUUUUUAAAAGUUUUUCGCGACAGAACACCGCCCGAGGCAAUUGAUCUUAUAGAGCGUCUCUUGGAAUAUACCCCUUCCAACCGACUAACAGCCAUUGAGGCUAUGUGUCAUCCGUUCUUUGAUGAACUCCGUAAUCCUGACACAAGGCUUCCUAAUGGAAAAGAUUUACCUAAACUUUUCGAUUUCACCGACCGAGAAUUGUCUAUUCGACAUGAACUUAUUCAUAAACUUGUACCUCCACAUGCCGAAGCCGAACUCCUUUCACGAGGAAUUGAUAUCAAUAAUUUCAAACCAUUGUCGAGAAGUCAAAUGCGUGCAACUUUGGAUUAA